AUGAUCACAAUUGUGGAUAUCUGCAAUGCUGGUCUGUUUGCUGCAAUUGCAAUUACACUGGUGAGUCCGCAGAUCCCGGGUCUCAGAUCUGUGAGUCGAUACGGUAAGACACUCAAGACAGUUCAAAGAUUCAACUACUACUUGCCCAAAAGGUAUUUUGCGCAUUUCUAUGUGAUAGCCACAGCUCUGCCUGUUUUUCUGAGCCUGCUUUUGCUUUCAGAUAUUCCGGUGGUGGAAUAUAUUGCCUCGGUUGAUUGGGUAUCCCGUGACCAUCAAAGAACCCUCUCCAGAUCAAAGGCCCUGUUCGCUUUACUACUGAACUCGCUCCAAGGAAGUCGUCGUUUGUAUGAAUCUGUCCACGUAUUUAGACCUUUGCCCGAUGCGAAGAUCCAGCUAUUACACUAUCUGAUUGGGUGUGUGUACUAUCUGAUAGUUGACAUGCAGCUGGUGGCCUGCAUGGACCCUCUGAACAAUUCGCCUUUGCCUCUGCUGGAGUCGUCAAUUUUUGCCCUUUUGUUUUUUGUCGUAUACCUGGAUCAAGCGCGGCACCAUGCGCAUCUUUCUGGACUGAAGAAGUAUACGAUUCCGUCGCAGGGCUUGUUUCGGUAUGUUGCGGGUGCCCAUUACUUUGACGAAAUCUUACUUUACGCGCUCCAGUUCUGGUAUUUGCGAACAGAAACCAGCUUGGCAGUUGCGGCAUACGUUGCAGUGAGCCUCAGUGUAGUUGCAGCCAAUUCGCAUGAAUAUUACAAGGAGAAGGAUGCUUCCUACAGUGUGAACCACAAAGUGGUUAUUCCGUUUUUGUACUGA